UGAGGGAGGGACGGCCGCCCGGCGGCAGCGGACGGCAGUCGCCGCAGGAGCCGCUGCUAGAGCCAGUCGGGGUGUCCUGCGCCCGCCGGAGGUGCGCGUUGCCUGCCUCGCCGCCCCCGCCUCGCCGCCGGGGUGCGGGAAAGCGGAGCGCAGAGGCUGCGGGAGCCGAGCGGGGAAGAUGCCCCUGGCGCAGCUGGCGGACCCUUGGCAGAAGAUGGCUGUAGAGAACACAGCCGAGAGCAGCACUGAGAAUGGACAGCAAAUUGUUGAUGAACCUAUGGGAGAAGAUGAAAUCAACCCACAAAGUGAAGAAGGAAAUAUCAAAGAAAUUGCAAUAACUCACCAUGUAAAGGAAGGACAUGAGAAAGCAGACCCUUCACAGUUUGAACUUCUGAAAGUCCUAGGACAAGGAUCCUUUGGAAAGGUCUUCCUUGUCAAAAAAAUCUCAGGAUCAGAUGCUAGACAGCUUUAUGCAAUGAAGGUAUUGAAGAAGGCCACCUUGAAAGUUCGAGAUCGGGUUCGGACGAAAAUGGAGCGAGACAUCCUAGUAGAAGUCAACCAUCCUUUCAUUGUCAAGUUGCAUUAUGCUUUCCAGACAGAAGGGAAGCUCUAUCUCAUUCUGGAUUUUCUCAGGGGAGGAGACUUGUUUACGCGCUUAUCCAAAGAGGUGAUGUUCACAGAAGAUGAUGUCAAAUUUUACCUGGCAGAACUAGCACUUGCUUUAGAUCAUCUACAUAGUCUUGGAAUAAUAUACCGGGACCUAAAACCAGAAAACAUCCUGCUUGAUGAGGAAGGACAUAUCAAAUUGACAGACUUUGGCUUAAGUAAGGAAUCAAUUGACCAUGAAAAGAAAGCCUACUCUUUCUGUGGCACCGUGGAAUAUAUGGCUCCAGAAGUGGUGAACAGACGAGGCCAUACACAGAGUGCAGACUGGUGGUCUUUUGGUGUUUUAAUGUUUGAAAUGCUCACUGGUACUCUACCUUUCCAAGGGAAAGACAGAAAAGAAACCAUGACUAUGAUUCUCAAGGCCAAACUUGGAAUGCCUCAAUUCUUGAGUCCUGAAGCACAAAGUCUUCUGCGAAUGCUCUUCAAAAGGAACCCAGCAAACAGAUUAGGAGCAGGUCCAGAUGGGGUUGAAGAAAUUAAGAGGCAUGCAUUCUUCUCCAAAAUAGAUUGGAAUAAAUUGUACAGGAGAGAAAUCCACCCCCCUUUUAAACCUGCAACUGGCAGACCAGAAGACACGUUUUAUUUUGACCCUGAGUUUACAGCAAAGACUCCAAAAGAUUCACCUGGGAUCCCACCUAGUGCUAAUGCACAUCAGCUCUUUCGGGGGUUUAGUUUUGUAGCCAUUACAUCAGAUGAUGAAAGCCAAGCAAUGCAGACAGUUGGAGUGCACUCAAUUGUCCAGCAGUUGCACAGGAACAGCAUCCAGUUUACUGAUGGCUACGAAGUCAAGGAAGAUAUCGGAGUUGGAUCUUACUCCAUCUGCAAGAGGUGUAUUCAUAAAGCUUCCAACAUGGAAUAUGCUGUGAAGAUUAUUGACAAGAGUAAAAGAGAUCCAACAGAGGAGAUUGAAAUCUUACUGCGCUAUGGACAGCAUCCAAAUAUUAUUACCCUAAAAGAUGUGUAUGAUGAUGGCAAAUAUGUUUAUGUGGUAACAGAGCUUAUGAAAGGAGGAGAGCUGCUGGAUAAAAUCCUUAGGCAGAAGUUUUUCUCAGAAAGAGAAGCCAGUGCAGUUCUGUUCACAAUAACAAAAACAGUUGAAUAUCUUCAUGCACAAGGGGUUGUUCACAGAGACCUGAAGCCUAGCAACAUUCUUUAUGUGGAUGAGUCUGGCAAUCCAGAAUCCAUUAGGAUUUGUGAUUUUGGCUUUGCCAAACAACUGCGAGCGGAAAACGGUCUCCUGAUGACUCCAUGUUACACAGCAAAUUUUGUUGCACCAGAGGUUUUAAAGAGACAAGGUUAUGAUGCUGCAUGUGACAUUUGGAGCCUUGGUGUUCUGCUUUAUACCAUGCUUACUGGCUACACUCCCUUUGCAAAUGGUCCUGAUGACACUCCAGAAGAGAUUUUGGCCCGGAUAGGGAGCGGGAAGUUCUCUCUCAGCGGUGGUUAUUGGAACACUGUUUCAGAUACAGCUAAGGACCUCGUCUCCAAAAUGCUUCAUGUUGACCCACAUCAAAGACUGACUGCAGCCCAAGUUCUUAGUCACCCCUGGAUAGUUCACUGUGACCAGCUGCCACAAUACCAGCUCAACAGGCAGGAUGCUCCCCAUUUAGUCAAGGGUGCCAUGGCAGCGACUUACUCCGCUCUGAAUCGCAACCAGUCGCCGGUUCUGGAGCCGGUCGGUCGCUCCACUCUUGCUCAGAGGAGAGGCAUCAAAAAAAUCACCUCCACAGCCCUGUGAAGUGACCUCAACCAGACCCUUUGGUACCGUGGUUGUAAGAUGAUAGCACAAACCAUGGCGACAGGUAGCACAUAUCUGACAGAUACCUGCAAGCACAACUCUGUCCCAGCUGGUACCUAUGAUGCUGCUGCUUUCACCUAGUCUCGCUUUCAUCUCCCGACGGCAACCUCCUGAUCUUAGCGGAGCUUCAAACAGAGGGACGAGGGGAACCAUCCCAACCCCCUCCACCACUGAACACAGCAGAGCUGCCACCACCUCUGUCAGCAGAUACACUGAACCAAGCACUCUGCCCCACAAAGCAUUAUUUUUAUAAGGAGCAUUUUCUGUGUGUGUUGUUGUUGUUGUCCCCUAAAAUAUUCUCUGUUACAGGUAGAGAUGGACAGUUUCUGUUAAGCACUUAGCUUAAUCCAUCUGUUUAUAUCAGCACUAUAUCUACUUUGUGCCAUGGUUGGUUGGUUUGGGGUGGGGUUGGGGUUUUUUUUUGGUCUGGUUUUGUAAGCAGUUUCCCAAGCAGGACAUUUCUCUGCUGUUUUUCUUUGAUGUAUAACAUGCCUCGUUUGGCGUAGCUCUUAGUCCUGGAUGAUUCAGUCUGAUGCAAGAGCUCACCUGGCUUUAAAUCAGGAUUGUUGGACAGCUCUAAAAGAAGCCUGACUGUUAAACAGCUAUUGAAUGUAAUACUAUGACUAUGUUAUUUCUGCUUGCUGUGUCUCCUCUACAUGUCCAUGGUUGGUUUUUUUUCUGGGGGGGGGGGGAGGGGGCACUGCAUGUCACGUUAUGAAAAUCAGGAGACUGUUUCUAGCAGUCAGCAGUGGAUCUCUCCCCAGACAAUAGGGAGUACAACCCAGAGAGAAGAUCAUCUGCUCCUUAUUUCACUCCUGUCUUCUCUUCUCCCUUCCCCUAUUUUUGUGCUCUCCCAUCUAAGCUCUGGACUCAGGAAUCACUGCUAAAUGGAGGACAUUUUGAGAGUGUUUAUUGUUCUAAUCCAUUGUUGAUAUUUUUCUCCCUGUUCUGUGACUUUCUGUUCAAGCUGUUCGGUGGAUGUUGGCAUUACAAAAGAUAGGACACUGAGGAUCAAGCAAAACAUUUUGUCCACUUACUAAGCAGAAGCCUGCAGGAAGGAAAAUUAGGUUGAAGCUGCAUUCUGUGGGGUUGUAGAAGUGAUGGAUGUAACCUUCUGAUCAUUUUAAUUGGCAUCCAGAGCUAAAUGAGCUUCACCUCAGAUCUGUCAGGAGUGAGGAAAGACUCAGCAGUGUUUGCCUGGCAAAUUCAGUUGUCCCAGUCAGGUAAGGCAAAGCUUUUUAGAGUGAGUUUUCUCACUGUUACCCAGAUGGAAGCAAGUUUGAGUGAGGGUGUGAAAGACUCACUCUUAAAUCCCAGUAGAAACUUCUCAUGCCCUUGGCCUCUCAGCAUCUUGAGCAAUUAAAGGUGCAUUUUGGUGGCUGGCCUUGAGAGAUUAAAUUGCCCUGCAGUGUGUCUGGAUUCAGUGAGUCUCACUCCACCAAAACAAUAUCCCUACAUCAACUCAUCCCAGGUAUGAAAAGAGCUGUUGGGAAUUCCAGCUUUAAUAAAAGUGGAUCUGGAUGAACAAUUCCGUUCAGGAACUGGAAGGUGCAACCCUGUGGUUUGUGUAAGGAGGUAUUUCUCUUGGUAAUUUAGGGCUGUUCAAUUCCUGUGAUGGUGAUGAAUUUGCUGUAUAUUGCCUCAGAGGUUUGUUGGGAGAAUCAUCUUUGUGACACCACAGAUGUGCUCUAAUAGAACAGGAGCUUCUUCCCUCUGCCAGCUUUUCCUUGGCCUCUUGCAGAGGAUGCCACUGUUAGUGCCCUUAGACAUCUCUUCAGUGUUCAGUCUGUUCUGUAAUUAAGGAGUUGGAUUUCCAACCAGGUGACUCUGAGAAAUCAGCACACACACAGCCCUUCCAGUGAGCAUCUUCCCCUUGCAGAAAGUGUGUUUGCAGCUUUCUAAGCAAUCAGGAGGCAGGCUUCUCAAAAUCUAAAGGCCAUGCUGAGGUUCAGUGUCUUAGUGCAAAGAUUGCCACCUCUGGUCAUGAAAUCAGCUGUGGAGCUGAUGCUGUUGCAAUCAAGGCAGGGCAGGAGUGUCACUAACAGCAUCUCAGUUCAGGGAGGAAUUUCUCCUGUGCCCUCAGUGUGUCUGUGUAGGUACCUGGCAGAGAACAGGCCAAAAGGGCAGUGUGAAGCUGCUUCACUGCUGGCAGUGUCUGUGGUAAACUACUACAAAAGUACUUGGGGCGAGUUGUAUUUUAGCCAUGGAUUGUGGCCACCAAGCACAAGGGUCAUUAGCCAAAGGGUGUGAAGCAAGCUCCUGCAUUGUGUCUGUCUCCCCUCUGCAGUGUGCUGGUUGGACUUCACAGAUGCUGCUGCCUGGCAGCACAGGAUCAACCUUGGCAAUGCUUCUGAAGCAGAGCAGUUUACCACCUGCUAACUCCAACAUGUACAAGUCUACAUCCACUCUGGAGUUCCUUCCUAGAUCAAGGUGUACAGGGCCUGUCUGUGCAAGGAGGAGUCUUUCACCUUACCUCCUCUUCCAGAUCCAUGUUCACAACUUCCAUGCUUGUUUUCAUGGGUUAGUAGCUGCAGCUGUUAGAAGCUAUAAAGAACUCCAUGUCAAUGCUGCUUUGGCUCCCAGCAGCUUUGCUCUGAGGAUGUGAGCCUAUCUGACACUGCACAUCCACUGCUGGACUGCUUCUUGGUCUGCAAAGCGUCGCAAGGGACUAGGCUAGAGAGGCAGAGAGGCCAGAAAAGGAGACCUGCAUUUACAAGGGAAUCUUCUGUCUGCAGGCAGUGGUUUAAUGUAGUGCAGCAUGGAAUUACCACUUCUGUGCUUGAGGGGGUGGCUGCAAUACUCAUCAAAUGCCAUCUAUCCCCACCAAGGGCAAAGUUCUUUCCUCUCAAUCACUUGACUUAAACUUACAAGGAGUUUUGCAAGAGAACAUUUAAACUUUCUUUUCCUUCCUUCCUAAAGAGUCAAGGGCCUAAGAAAACAGAUUUCCACACCUGGGAUUCUUUUGUGUGUGUGUGUGUGUUUUGCUUUUGUCCAUGUGGUGUACCAACUAAAGCUGUGCUUUUUCCCUUCUUGGAAGGGAAGGAUUCCAAGUAUGCUGGUCCUUAGUAAGCAGCCAUGGUCAAACAGCUGACUUCUCACCUAGGGAAACGAUGUAAAUGAUUAGCUUUACCUUGAUACUCUUGACUUCAAAUCAAAGGGAAAGGUGUACUUCUGAGGGAUGUAAUUAUUUUGCAACAUAGUUUUUGGGGGGUGGGGAGGGAGGGGGAGAAGUCUACUUCAAAGGUUUUUAAGAAGUGACAAAAAUCACAGAUAAAAUAUUUUUCUACAGUCAAACUUUAUAGCAGUUUUCUCAGCAGGGCAGGGGAGGGAGGCUGAGGUACUGUUGCAGCAACUCAGUGCCCUCACACCUCCUUCUAGACCAUCACAACCAGCAUCUGGUAGAUGCUUGGCACUGCUGUCGUAGAACUCCCAAGUGCUAGUAGGAAAAGGAGACAAUAAACUGUACUGAAUCCUUUCAGCUGAUUGUUUUAUUCAGAGUCUGAUCUAGGAAACGUGUUCCAAUCAUGCUUUUAAGGUGUCAAACUGUUCCAGCUGUAACUAGGAACAGCUCUGCUGGGAAGGUCUCGUUGCUUGUACUCCUGUCUCCCGAGGGCAGGUUUUGUACUCUUCAAAAGAAACUGAGAUUUCUACUACGAAUAAACUUUCAAACCUCUUCAA